GCGGGUGAAGACAGGGUUUAGUCUAUGCCACUUCCCUGUCACUAACGCACAAGCUAGACCAGGCCCAGGCAGGUCGACCGGCUGCCGCUCAUCAUGGUCCAUGUCAAGGUCCAUGUCCAUGUCCAUGGUGGACGUUGUUGUCUGCGACCCUUUUGGCCGCUCUCUCUCUCUCUCUCUCUCUCUCUCUCUCUCUCUCUCUCUCAUCAUCCCAUCACAUCAUGCCCUUGGACCAUUCCGUCUGUUCCCCCUUCCGCGGAAGGAGACCCGGUUAAUGAUGAAGCCACGGCUUGUCAUCGGACGAAUCGAGGCUUGAUGUCUUAUCCCCCUUCCAAACAGACGAAGAAAUGGAGUCCGAGGAGGGUCUCGGAAAAGUAUAAAAGGGCACAACUUGAGCGGGUUGAUUUUAUUCACUUCUUCUUCCUUUCUCAUCAUCAGAUUCUGGACUAUCUUGAAGCUUCCAUAUAGCUUCUCCAAGCCAUCUUCUUUGCCCAACAAGCAACUUCCUUGCACACUUUACUCUGUCUCACAGAGUGCCGCCAUCCCCAGUCGACACUUGGACUUAGUCAUCCCUUGUUUGCUUCAAACAAGUUCCCACAUCGUACACAAGUACACGUCACGC